AUGCCCCCGAGCGCACUCGCGAGCGUCUCCGCGUCGGCGCAUCGAAGCGUGCGAGAGAGACGCACGAAUGGCGCAGAAAAGAGACGCCAACGGCCGACGCGUCGCACCGCGGCGUCGCGUCGAGUGAUUUCCAAAAUUGUGAAAAUGACAAGAAACGAAAUGCAUUCAACGCUCGAGCGACGAUGCUCGACGAUCGGGGCGAUUGCGGACGACGCGGUGAUGCAAACACCCGCGUUUGAUGACUCCGCGGCGUCCUCGACGGGCGCGUUCACGGAAAACGACGCAUUGGAGAGGAUAGUGCUAGACUUUUCAGCGCGCGACUUUUCUGAAAAGAUGGAAGCGGUAGGGGAAUACUUCUCUCGAUCGCCGACAGAGCUCGCGGGGCGGACGGCGGAGGUUUUGGGAGUCAUCGGUAAGGUGUACGCGCUGUGGCAGUUCGAGGAGCGCAUGGGGACGCCGUUGGAACAGAGGAAGCGAGGGAAGGCACUUCGGGACGGCAUCGCGCGACUGGGACCAGUGUUCAUCAAGAUGGCUCAGACGCUGAGUACGCGGCCGGACAUCAUCGGCGAGGAAGCGGCAGAUAAUUUGAUGGUAUUGCAGGACAAGGUUGGGCCGUUCUCGAGCGAAGAGGCGGAUGAGAUAAUCAAGCGAGAGUUAGGGUGGAGCGGCGCCGUGCGAGAGAAGGACGCAAGCAAGCCUGGACCGGCGUACAGUUUGUACAAGGAGCUAAGCGACGAACCCGUCGCCGCGGCAAGCAUCGGGCAGGUGUACAAGGGGGUCAUGCACGACGGCACGCAGGUGGCGGUGAAGGUGCAGAGGCCCGGGGUGUUGCGACGCAUUGCUUUGGAUUUGCACAUCAUUCGACUCGGAUUUGGGUGGAUCGAGGAGUCUGGAUUGAACGGUUCGGAGGAUUUGGACAAAAUUGUCGACGAAGUCGGCGCCGGCGUGUUCCAAGAGCUUGAUUACACCAUCGAAGCUCGUAACGCGGAUGAUUUCAGGCGUUCGUUGCGAUUUUUGAACUACGUCUUCGUCCCACGCCAUUUCUCAGACAUGACGACCAAAAAGAUCCUUACGCAGCAAUGGAUAAGCGGAAGACCGAUGAAGGACCUGAGCUUGGAAGAGCAGAAACUCAUGGUACAGAUGGGGGUGGAGUGCUCGUCCGCACAGAUGUUCAGAACUGGACUCGUGCAUGCAGAUCCACACGAGGGAAACAUGAUGUUCACCGACGACGGGAAGCUCGCGCUGUUGGAUUUCGGCCUCAUCUGCCGCGUCGACGACGAUCAGCAGGAGGCGAUGGCUAAUUGUAUACUAAACAUCUUGAACAGCCAGUGGGGUGAGUUGAUCGACAACUUGCGGAUCAUGGAAAUGCUUCCCGAGGAACCUCAGAUGUGGAUCGACGCGGAUGGCAAUCCGGCAGAUUACACGCAGGGGGGGGCAGGAACGUGGAAAGUCAUCUCCGACGACGAUUUCCGUCGCGCGUUUAAGUUGUGCAUGGAUGGUGAGGAUGGCAAUGCGAAGGUUAGAUCGAACUUCACGGAGCUCGUGAUCGACCUCACAAAGAUUUCGACAGCGUACCGCUUCAACUUGCCGCCGUACAUGGUCUUCGUCAUCCGGUCGCUCACGACACUCGAUUUCGCCGCCGCGCGGACAAACUGCAACAUGUACGAAGUUGCCGCGCCGACCGCCAUCUUCCGUGCCCUCUCUCCGCGAACGGACCGCGGGAGGAAGGCCUUGGAGCAAAUGCUGCUCGAUAAGGAUGGCGACGUCAACUGGAACAAACUCCUGGCGCUGAGCGCGCAGGCGAACACGGCGAGCGAACAGGGCGGGGAGAAUUCGACUGUGUCCGAUGCCGAUGUUGCGCACGCAAAGGAGGCGAUCGACCGCCUUAUGAAUGACCUCAUGGACUCCUCGGCUGGGAGCACGCUGCGUCGCCUGGCAAAAAAGGCUCGCCCAGAAGGGCUCAUGCCUCCGCCCAGCAUUCGCGACGAGAUGGUGAAGAUGCAGCGCGCGGCGUUCGAGCGUCAUAUGUCGACAUUUUCGUUCCGUGCCUUCUUCGCCGCGUCUUUCGCCUUUGCGCGAAAUGUUCUUCGCGGCGACAAGGGCCAGGAGAACGAGCAAUGUGAAGUCUUCUCUGACGACUCCGAACGCAUGGCCUGCAACGAGCGCGUGAACCGACGACGACGGCGCAUCGGUGUUUUGCUCUUGAGAUCUAAGCUGGCCACACCGCAGGGGUUCUUCGGUUUUUGUUCCAUCCUCUGCCUCCUCGCCUGGGCCUCCGUCACUGGCGCCUUACUCGGUUUGCGAGCCAAGCUCUUGCGCACGGUCACCUUCAUCAAACCCCGCGCCUCGAGUGUCCCCCCGCCCGCGAUCGCGUGA